AGAGUCUAUCCCAGUUUCCUUGAUGGUAUCCGCCCUCUGUUCGCGGAGAGAUCCUGGAGGCGCAGAACACAUCACCUGCGUCCAGGAGAGCGCACCAGCCGUCUCAUGCGCGCGCGCCUUUCCGCUUCAAGGAGAGCCGGAAAUAACUAAAGAAAACAAUAAAGAGAACGUAGCAGCUAAGUUUUGGUAGAUUUUCUGUCGUUUGUGAGUGAUCAUGCAGGACAAAUGCACAUUCUUCAGCCCCUUCUCCAGACCGCGGUGUCUGGCUGCCGCGGCGCCGGCUGGGAGAGCGAAACUAACUCAUCCAGGAAAAGCCAUUCUGGCAGGUGGACUCGCGGGAGGUAUCGAGAUCUGCAUCACGUUUCCAACAGAGUACGUAAAGACCCAGUUACAGCUGGACGAGAAGGCCAACCCUCCAAAGUACAGAGGAAUAGCUGACUGUGUGAAGCAGACAGUGCAGAGUCAUGGUGUUAAAGGGUUGUACCGAGGACUCAGCUCCCUGCUGUACGGAUCCAUACCCAAAUCUGCGGUGAGGUUCGGGGUAUUUGAGUUCCUGAGUAACCGUGCCAAGGACGAGUCCGGCCGACUGGACAGCACCAAGGGGCUGCUCUGUGGGCUUGGAGCGGGGGUCCUGGAGGCCGUUCUGGUGGUCUGCCCCAUGGAAACUGUCAAGGUCAAAUUUAUCCACGACCAAACCUCAGCCAACCCCAAAUACAAAGGCUUCUUCCACGGAGUUGGAGAGAUAGUCAGGUCAGAAGGAUUAAAGGGGACGUAUCAGGGUCUGACUGCAACAGUCCUCAAGCAAGGCUCCAACCAGGCUAUUAGGUUCUUUGUGAUGACGUCACUCAAGAACUGGUACAAAGGCGACGACUCAAACAAAAAUAUAAAUCCCUUUGUAACUGGGGUGUUUGGAGCGACUGCGGGAGCGGCCAGUGUGUUUGGAAACACUCCCCUGGAUGUCAUCAAGACAAGGAUGCAGUUUCUACAAAGGAACGAUCCCUCGCCUCGGUCGUGUUUGCCUGGAUGUUGCCAUAGUCUUCAUCAUCUACGAGGAGGUGGUGAAGGCCCUGAAUGUCGUCUGGAAGACAGACUGAGCCGGAGGACGAGACGGCUCGCCGAACCCAGAUCAGUGUCACCUGUAGAAGUGAAAACGAUGACAGACAGAUGCUUCAGAGGAAAGAAAAGGCCCGAAAAGAUUCUGAUUGAACCGGAACCGAACACCUGAGAGGAAUCUGAAAUAUCGACCUCUCUUCAGAAAUCCUCACUUUUAUUUAUCUAUAAAGUUUUAUUGAAUUUUAUUUUGAAAUUUCAGGCGUGACUCUGGACGCUGUUGAGUUUUGGUUACUGAGUCUUUUUUUAAUCCAGAAAAACGCUGCAGCUGUUUGCAGCUUCGGGCCUUUUUUUCAGUCUGUUUAAAUUUUGCCAAUUAUUUUUAUACUUUUUAGACUCUAAUGUUUACAACCAGAGUUUUUCUUUCAUCUAACGUGUUUACUCCGAUUAAAGCGUGUUUGAGGCAUAAAAUGCUAUAAAGAGCCCAGCAGUAGAUAAAAGAGGAGGAAUGAUCACAGCUGAUGCUGUUAGUUAAACCGUAUUUUGAAAAAAAGAUGUAUUUAUUGAGAAGUGAAUGUUAAAUGUAAUCGAGAGGCUGUUGUCUCUUAGUCGGUGCCAAAUGUGAAGAUUUUAGUUACAAAGUGCUGUUAUAAUAUUUUGAGGCUAUUUAUAAUAAAUCACUGUGAAUUAUUCUGUGACACUAAUCCAUUACGACAGUUUUAUUCCCUCUUGAUUCCAGUCAACAAUUUAAUUUUAAAGCAGUAAUAUUUAUACUGUAGCUUUAUUUUGGUGCCAUGUUUUAUUCAGGUUCUCACUUUGGUGCCUUUAGCUGCUCUCUGUAGGUCAAAUCUGGUCCAGUCGUAUUGUAGUUUGCUAAUGAAGUCAUAAUCUGUACAGGUUAAUGUAACGAAUGUAUUAAAAUGACCAUUUAAGUGAUUCGGACUUGUUUUUUAAUAUGUUUUGAGACAUCUUAUUGAGCGUGUCCUCUGUUGCCAAAUAUCCAAGAUGUCCUCCAGGUGUGUGUGAGUGUGUUAAAGUGGAGUCCGUUGUUGUGUGAAGAUGUUUAAACUCAUUAAAAGUGAAUCUGAAACACUGAAA